UUGGCGGGUCCGUAGGUCUAGCGUUGGUUUUGUUUACUAUUAUGUUUGCUUUGUUUAUAUUUUUUAAAAAUAGAAAUUGCGUGUGUUCUGUUAAUAGAGGUUUAUUGGCUGCAGCUGUAGCCACUUACUAAUUAGUUAUUAUACUCCAAAUUGAUUUAAUGUAGUGUGUUGAAACUCCUGCUUUAUAAACAUGGCUUAUGCAGGGGCGGUAUGGCUCGCUGUCCAGAACGAUUUAUACAGAAGUGGGAUUAGAACCCCUAAAGCUCCUAAACCCCCCCAAAACAAGCCCGAUCUAAACCCCCCAGACACUAUUAACACUAACACAGGGAUAGAUUUCCUGAACAGGUUCGAUGAUUACUUUCUGCUACAGUGUUUUCACUUCACUCGACCAUGUCUGAACUUCAUCACUGAUUACAUUCAAACACGUGUUAAAAAAGAAGUAUUCAAACCAACCAACGAUUCCACUUCGAUCGAAUCCCAAACACUAGCGACUCUUUAUUUCUACGCUCAUGGAUCGUUACCCAGGAGGAUCACAGACAUGUUGGGGAUGGAACCUACAGAAACCACUGAUGCUGUGAACUUGGUCUCUAGGGUUUUAGAAGACAUGUGCUCGGACUUCAUCACCUUCCCUGCCAGCUUUGAUGAUCGCAUGGGUGUUGCGCAGGGAUUCGAACGUAUAACCUGUAUCCCAAACGUGGUGGGGUUGUUGUGUUGGUUACAUGUCAAGGUUACCCCCUCCCAGGCUGAAAAGGACUUUUUUCUCAAUACCCUGGGUUACUAUUCAGUCAUGGUGCAGGUUAUAUGUGAUGUGGAUGGAAAUCUGCUGAGUGUUGAGCAGUGUUAUCCUGGAGGAACUGUGGAACAGCAGGUCUGGGAGGGUUCUAGCAUUUUCCAGAAGUUUGAUACAUAUCAGCAUGGAGAGACUUGGAUUCUUAGUAGUCAAAGUCUUCGUAAGUCUAAGCACGUGCUGACCUCCGUGGAAGUUUCUCAGAUCAAGACCGACGCAGCCACACGGUUCAACGCGACUCACGCUCAAGUUCUAAACCUCAUACCACAAGUUCUAGGCUGUCUGAAAACUCGCUUCCAGUGCCUGAACAACCUCGGAUCCGUGAAGGCUAAUGCUCUCAAGCCUGUCGCUCGCAUCGUCACGGCAUGCUGCGUCCUCCACAACAUCUCGAAAAAGUUCUCGGUGCCGUUACCCGGCGAUCUGGUUCUGGAGCCUGAGCACCCAGUUCCAGCAGCGAGACAACAGGUGAAGGAGAACUGCGUGGAUGAAAGGAAAGAAGACAUGAUAGAGACGUGUUUCGGUAAUUCUAGGGAUGAACAAAAAGAAGAGGGGUUUAAAAUUGAUAGUUGAGAAUUGUAUUGUAAUUGAAAGGGCUGGGAAACCAAGCCAAAAAUAUUAUCUUAUUCUUAAUAAAUAGAGUAAAAAAAGUGUGGAAACUUCUUUAAGAACUCGUAUUAUGAUAUUAUAUACAAACUACAUACACCGAUCAGCCAUAACAUUAAAACCACCUCCUUGUUUCUACACACAUUGUCCAUUUUAUCGGCUCCACUUACCAUAUAGAAGCACUUUGUAGUUCUACAAUUACUGACUGUAGUCCAUCUGUUUCUCUGCAUGCUUUGUUAGCCCCCUUUCAUGCUGUUCUUCAAUGGUCAGGACUCUCCCAGGUCCACUACAGAGCAGGUAUUAUUUGGGUGGUGGGUCAUUCUCAGCACUGCAGUGACACUGACAUGGUGGUGGUGUGUUAGUGUGUGUUGUGCUGUUAUGAGUGGAUCAGACACAGCUGUGCUGCUGCAGUUUUUAAACACCUCACUGUCACUGCUAGACUGAGAAUAGUCCACCAACCAAAAAUAUAUCCAGCCAACAGCGCCCCAUGGGCAGCGUCCUGUGACCACUGAUGAAGGUCUAGAAGAUGACCAACUCAAACAGCAGCAAUAGAUGAGCGAUCGUCUCUGACUUUACAUCUACAAGGUGGACCAACUAGGUAGGAGUGUCUAAUAGAGUGGACACAGUUUUUAAAAACUCCAGCAGCGCUGCUGUGUCUGUUCCACUCAUACCAGCACAACACUAACACACAACCACCAUGUCAGUGUCACUGCAGUGCUGAGAAUGAUCCACCACCUAAAUAAUACCUACUCUGUGCUGGUCCUGUGGGGGUCCUGACGAUUGAGGGAAAAGGUGGAAAGCAAGCUAAAAAGCAUGCAGAGACACAGAUGGACUACAGUCAGUAAUUGUAGAACUACAAAGUGCUUCUAUAUGGACAGGGAGUGCAGAAACAAGGAGAUGGUUUUAAUGUUAUGGCUGAUCAGUGUAUGCUUGAAGGUGGUCCACAAUUUAUGUGUUGCUCAGGUUUCUUUACACAUCAUUUACUGAACCAUCCAUCACCAUUUGUGAAGUUAAAAUACUAAUAGCAGUAUUUUUUGCUCUAUUGGCUCUACAGAAUCUCCCUCCAUGAUAAGGGGUUUACCACGGUAACUGUAAUCUUAUAUCAAAUGAAUACGGUGCAUAAAGAAAAAAACAUUUAGCCAAUAAUACAGGGUUUAUGUAUGUCCUUUAUAAGGAAAUAUUAGUUACUUGUGCUGUUUAAGACAUGAUUUAGCUGUGAAUAAAGCUUCUAAUAG